CUUCAGCUUCCAGGAAAAAAGGACUUGUUCAUUGAGGCCGAUCUCAUGAGCCCUUUGGAUCGAAUCGCCAGCGUCUCCAUCCUAAAGCAACACGAAGUAGACAAGCUGUACAAGGUGGAGAACAAGCCAGUCCUGAGCUCCAGUGAACAAUUGUGUUUCUUGGUCAGACCCCGCAUCAAGAACAUGCGAUACAUAGCCAAUCUCGUCAAUGCUGACAAGUUGGCCGGCCGAACGCGAAAAUACAAAGUGAUCUUCAGCCCUCAGAAGUUUUAUGCCUGUGAGAUGGUGCUUGAGGAAGAGGGGAUCUAUGGAGAUGUGAGCUGCGACGAAUGGGCCUUCUCUUUGCUGCCUCUUGACGUGGAUCUGCUGAGCAUGGAGCUACCUGAAUUUUUCAGGGACUACUUCCUGGAAGGAGACCAGCGUUGGAUCAACACUGUGGCCCAGGCCUUGCACCUCCUCAGCACUCUCUACGGCCCCUUUCCGAACUGCUACGGGAUCGGCAGGUGCGCCAAGAUGUCACAUGAAUUGUGGAGGAACCUGGAGGAGGAGGAGGACAGUGAAACCAAAGGCCGGAAGCCAGAAAUUGGCCACCUCUUCCUCCUGGACAGAGACGUGGACUUUGUGACGGCACUGUGCUCCCAGGUGGUUUACGAGGGCCUGGUGGACGACACGUUCCGCAUUAAGUGUGGGAGCGUCGACUUUGGCCCAGAAGUCACAUCCUCUGACAAGAGCCUGAAGGUGCUGCUCAACGCCGAGGACAAGGUGUUUCAUGAGAUUCGGAAUGAGCACUUCUCCAACGUCUUUGGCUUCCUGAGCCAGAAGGCCCGGAACCUGCAGGCCCAGUAUGACCGCCGCCGAGGCAUGGACAUCAAGCAGAUGAAGAACUUCGUGUCCCAGGAGCUGAAGGGCCUGAAGCAGGAGCACCGCCUGCUGAGUCUGCACAUCGGGGCCUGUGAGUCCAUCAUGAAGAAGAAGACCAAGCAGGACUUCCAGGAGCUGAUCAAGACCGAGCAUGCGCUGCUGGAGGGCUUCAGCAUCCGGGACAGCACCAGCUACAUCGAGGAGCACAUCGACCGGCAGGUGUCGCCUAUAGAAAGCCUUCGCCUCAUGUGCCUCUUGUCAAUCACCGAGAAUGGUUUGAUCCCCAAGGAUUACCGAUCCCUGAAAACACAGUAUCUACAGAGCUAUGGCCCCGAGCACCUGCUGACCUUCUCCAACCUGCGGCGUGCGGGGCUCCUGACGGAGCAGGCCCCCGGGGACACCCUCACCGCUGUGGAGAGCAAAGUGAGCAAGCUGGUGACAGACAAGGCUGCAGGAAAGAUCACUGAUGCCUUCAGCUCUCUGGCCAAGAGGAGCAAUUUUCGUGCCAUCAGCAAGAAGCUGAAUUUGAUCCCGCGUGUGGAUGGCGAGUACGAUCUGAAGGUGCCACGCGACAUGGCGUAUGUCUUCAGUGGCGCUUAUGUGCCCCUCAGCUGCCGCGUCAUUGAGCAGGUGCUGGAGCGGAGGAGCUGGCAGGGCCUGGACGAGGUGCUUCGGCUGCUCAACUGCAGCGAGCUGGCCUUCACAGGCGGGACCAAGGACGACAAGGCUCCCAGCGAGUCCCUGCGCCUCAUCCUGGUCGUGUUCCUGGGGGGCUGCACCUUCUCCGAGAUCUCAGCCCUGCGGUUCCUGGGCAGAGAGAAAGGGUUCAGGUUCAUUUUCCUGACGACAGCAGUCACCAACAGCGCUCGCCUCAUGGAGGCCAUGAGCGAGGUGAAAGCCUGAAGCUGCCCUGGACGCGCUCCCCAGGAGCUGCAGGAGGGGGCGCAGCUGCCGACUCCACGCCCCCCGCCCCCCAGCCACCCUGCUCAGGGCUGGGGAACCGGACUUGUUUGGGAUUUAGGGGACACAUCAGAGGAGGGAGUCACCCUGCCCGAGGAUGUUUUCCUGUUUUGCUUAUGAAGUACAGCCCAUGCUGAGAAGACAUGGAGGAGGAGGAUCUUUUGCUACAUCCUGUUUGAGUCUCAUUGUAAAUAAAGCCUCUACGUUCAAU